CCCAAAAUUCCCUCUGGGCAACUUGGGCCCCGGUGCAGUUGCACCGCCUACAUCACUUAAUAACGACGUCACUCGGUGUGGCAGUGUCAAGGUGACGGCAAUUCCAUCCGGCGGGUAUGCCUCUCCUAAGUCCGUUUAUUUAUCUCCGUGGUGGUGAUGAUGCAGUUAACAUGUUUGGUAUUCGUGCCAGUCUGAUAGCGCAAGGCAAUCACAGUGGCACUGUGGUUUUACCAGAUUAGGCAUUUUGCGAGUGAUUUUGGCAAAUUUGGACCGCGACGCCGGCAGGCAAUGCCCUGCACAAAUCCCCACUGUAUUUGCAGUUAAUCCACCUGCAGUAGUGACCGGGGCAGCCUACAGGAUUCGAACCGCCUUGUCUCUGGGUUUUUCAAUCAACGCGUUGCACUUGUGUCUUAUCCAGGGCAGGGUCUCUCUGAGGUGACCGAAAACAGAACGUUCCGCGUUGCGUAAUAACGUUAGUCAGUUCCAUGAACUACCUCGUGUGAGACACGCCGUGUAAAUAUAGGAACGGCUAAUUGCAUCGAAGUGCCAUUGUGAACACAUCUCUGCUCAUUAUGUAGCACACAAAUUGCGCGAUUACAUUUCACGAAGAGUUAAUGUUCUUUGGACAACAGAGGGUUUUAAUUUAGUUUCAUUAUUAUCUUAGUUCGUUUGCAAAGUGCAUUUCGGCCGAGCAGCGGUAGAGAAAGCCUUUGCAAUUUCUAUAUUGAUGUGAAGCAAUAAAUAAUAAUAAAAAUACACGUUAGAUAAUGUAUUAAUCCAGUGACAUCCCUGCAGAGUCCCUCGCUCGUGCCGCUUUGUAAGCUCACUCACGCCCCCCCCACUUCCUCAUACAAUUCUGGCUGCCAGCCAGGCCCCUGUGGGGCUUGGAAGUCUCGUCACAGUGGAAGGUUCCCGGUGUUUGUUUGUCACGGAUAAGAGGAGUUCUGCCGCUCUAUAAUGAAUACGGUGCAAUCGCGUAAAAUCGACGCAAUUACCUCCUACGAGCAACUCGCUACUGACACUUUCGUUCGCGCGCUGCUGCCUCUCGAAAGGUUCCCUCCCCGGCGUCUUCAUCGACAUUUAUUCCCUCGUUUGCUCAUUCCCUCGUUCGAGCGUUCACUCAUUCCCUGAUUCGCUCGUUCACUCAUUACCCCAUUCACUCAUCCGCCUGUUCACUCAUUCGCCCGUUCACUCAUUCCCUGAUUCGCUCGUUCACUCAUUCCCUCGUUCACUCAUUCCCCCGUUCACUCAUUCGCCCGUUCACUCAUUCGCCCGUUCACUCAUUCCCUGAUUCGCUCGUUCACUCAUUCCCUCGUUCACUCAUCCCCCUGUUCACUCAUUCGCCCGUUCACUCAUUCCCUGAUUCGCUCGUUCACUCAUUCCUUUGUUCACUCAUUCGCCCGUUCACUCAUUCGCCCAUUCACUCCUUCCCUGAUUCGCUCAUUCGCUCGUUCGCGCAUCGCCUCGGCAGACGAACGCGGGACUCGCCGAGCCUCCGCGCGAGCAGCGGGCGCCCGGCGCGGCCGCGCGGCCCCCGGCAGGCGGCAUGGAGGGCGUGCGCGCGUGGGACGCGGUGGGCCUGGCCUUCUCGGCGCUGCUGAACGCCGCCGCGCUGCUGGGCAACCUGGCGCUGCUCGUGGUGCUGCUGCGCGCACCGCCCCUACGCAAGUUCAUCUUCGUGCUGCACCUGUGCGUGGUGGACCUGCUCUCCGCCACCGUGCUAAUGCCCAUGGCGAUCGCGUCGAGCCGGCCCGUGUCGCUCGCGCUCGGCGGGCCGCCCGUCGGCGAGGGGGACGUCUUCUGCAAGGCGCACGUCUUCCUCAACGUGUGCCUCAUCAGCGCCUCCAUCCUCUCCGUGUCGGCCAUCUCGGUGGAGCGCUACUACUACAUCGUGCACCCGAUGCGCUACGAGGGCCGCGUGGGCGCCGGCCUGGCCGUCUCCGUGCUCGCGUUCAUCUGGGUCGAGUCCGGCCUCGCCUCCGUGGUGCCGCUCCUGGGCUGGCGCGCGACCCCCGACGCGGCGGCGGCGGCGGCGGCGGCGCCGCCGUGGCCCCUCAAUGGCACCGCGGCCGCGCCGGCGGCGCGCUGCUCGCUCUACUGGAGCGACGGCGAGUACAAGAACGUGUUCGUGGUGGUGUUCAGCGUCUUCUGCUUCGUGGUGCCGGGCCUCAUCGUCACCGUGGUCUACUGCAGCGUGUUCAAGGUGGCGCGUAUCGCGGCGCUGCAGCAGGGCCCGCUGCCCUCGUGGACCAACGGCGCGCGCCAGCGCUCCGUGUCGCUCAACAGCCAGACGACCAUCGUGAGCGACGUGGCGGGCAACGCGGGGUCGGCGAGCGGCGGCGGCGGCGGCGGCGGCGGCGGCGGCCCGCCCGCCAGGAUCUCGCCCGAGCGGGCCUUCGGCGGUGGCAAGGCGGCCGUCACGCUGAUGAUCCUCGUGGGGCAGUUCGUCGUGUGCUGGCUGCCGCACUUCGCCUACCACCUGCACGCGGCGACGAGCGGGCGGCGGGGCGACACCGAGUCGGCGGAGACGCUGGUCACGUGGCUCGCCUACUCCUCCUUCUCCAUCAACCCGUUCUUCUACGGGUGGCUCAACCGGCAGAUCCGCGAGGAGCUCAAGAAGCUGGCGCGGUGCCGCUGCUCCGGCCCCUGGCCGAGGGACGAGCCGCCGGGACCGUCCAGCCACGGCUCGGUGGAGGAGAACUUCUUCCAGUUCCUGCAGCGCACCGGCUGCCCCGUGGUGGUCGCAGGGGGGCCCGAGCCGCCCGUCGCGUUCGCCACGUCCACGCCCAAGCGGGCCUUGGACCACAUCUCCGCCCUCGGGUUCCGCAUCCCCGGGCAGAUCCCCGAGGAGUCGUCCGAAUACAACGAGCACAUGUUCUCCAACUCCGCGCGGGACCCGUAGCCGCGGCGGUGCCGCCGCCGCCGCCACCGCCUCACGGCCUUGGCGACGUCGGCGCUUCACCGGCGACGUUUUUUGCCAAAAGCCGCGUGAAAAUGGGGACAUCUGCCAACGUGUCAGCUGGGACUUUAGCCUGCACCGGCAGUGCCCAAUAACCGUGCUUUAUUUAUUUAUUUUGCCCUCCCCCCCCCCUCCACUCUCCCCCAGUUGCAUUUUUAAUUAACUUGUGGUUAGCCAUUGGUGUUUUUUUUUACGUGGUUGUGUAGAAAGAAUGUGGUACAAAAUAUAAAAUUGCCAAUCAAUCAAACGGUGGCAUUUAUUGAGAGCGACGCGAGAAUCCCAGUUUACCGCUCGGUAAAAUGGAGGGAACAUUUUUUUUUUUACAGAGUUUACCGGCCUUAAAAGGCGUAAAAACGUUGUAAAACGGUGCUUGAUUUGACUUUUAAUCUGUCACGGGGUGGGG